CAGAGACAGAAACGACAGCACAGACAGCAUCGACCGGAGUGCGGUGGUGGCACGUGUGCACAGACACACACAGGAUGGUGCCUGUCCCGUCGACGUGCUUGCUUUGCGGAAGAUCCAAAAAGAGUUGAUCGGAGAUUGUGCGAAAAAGUCCGCCUGGAAGGUUUCCGAGGAAAAAGAGUUCAGGCACCGAGAGAGGAAAAUCCGCGUGGAGGAGCGUGGAGAGAUAUCGUGGAGAAGGGAAACAUAAGAGGUAGCAGUGAAGGGGCUGGUAGAGGUGAGAGCUUGUUGAAGUCAGUUUGGAUCCAUUGCGGCGACGAUCCACUGAUACGAGAGGGCAACAUCGGAACACGUGUACGCGACACACACACGUGGUCCCGGAGAGAUCCAAACAAAAGCUCGAUCGGAGAUCCUGCAGCCUCGCUUCUGGAAGAGUCAACGGCAGGAGCAGCUCAGCGUGGUGAGAGGAAGAUCAGGGGACAGGCAGCAGCAGCAGCAGCGGGAGGAAGCAACAGUCAAAGGGGCCGAGGAGAAGGAAGCUUCGAGACACGCGUGCUGGGAGCACACACACACGUGGAGGCCCGAACGGAACUGUGCUCGCGACCCCGUGAUCGAUUGGAGAUCGAGCAAGGCGGUCGCUAGGUCCAGCAGCAGCAGACGGAGCCGAGGUACCGAGAGCGGGAUUGGGUGCAAAGAGCAUCUAGAAGAUCUCUGAAACCUGAACAGAAGAUUGACAGACGUCAAAGGAAUAGCAGAUCAUUACUGAGUAGAAACCUUUGAACGUACGUCGGCGGCAUGCACAUGUUCCGCGCCCAGUUGUUGUCGUUGACUGUUUUGGCGUCUUUCUUAGGAGUGCGACGAGAAAGGACCCUGGCUCUUGCGGUUGAAGGUGGCGGGGAAGUAGGAACAGGGGGUGGCAGUGUCGGGGGUCUGGGGGAACAUGGGCUUGAGUGGGGGUUGCCUCAGAAAGAGCAAGACGGCGGAUGUUUCUCUCUUGGUGUGACCGGUGGCAGUAUCGAUCAGCAAUGCCGCAAAGACGUUUGUGCGCCGAAAUAUGGGUGCGACAGCUUUAACCUAACCACUUCGGUGGAAAGCGGAUUUCUGUUCGAUACGGUGUCGGGAGUGCUGAGGGGGGAGGGCUUGGCCCUUGUGGUUGCAGGUGGCAAGGAAGUAGGAACAGGGGGUGGCAGUGUCGGGGGUCUGGGGGAACAUGGGCUUGAAUGGGGGUUGCCUCAGAAAGAGCAAGACGGCGGAUGUUUCUCUCUUGGUGUGACCGGUGGCAGUAUCGAUCAGCAAUGCCGCACAGACUUUUGCGCGCCGAAAUAUGCGUGCGACAGCUUCAACCUAACCACUUCGGUGGAAAGCGGAUUUCUGUUCAAUACGGUGUCAGGGGUACCAGGGAAGACGGGGCCGAGUUUUGUUUGAUUUCGGGUGGAUGAGGUUGGGGUUUUGUUCGUUUUUCUCCAUAUCUAAGGUUCGUGCCUAGAGUUCAGCUGUAUGUAGUGUUUCGACAAAAGUUUUGUUGACUUAGAGGCAAACAUUCCUAGCUAUUGGGCAUCGAGUUCAUUUGGCUUGGCAUGACGGCCUUUACGAUCGACUUUUUAUGUAUGUCUGCAUUUAUCUGCAAUUGUCGGAGGGCAAACAAAA